CGUUCUGCCAGUCGAUUGCUCGGGAAAUCCACGUGACGGCAUUCUCCGGAGCAUCACCUUAGAAGUACAGUUUUUCUAGUCUUCUCAAGUCUUCAGGAUGCGUGAGUGCAUUUCUAUCCAUGUUGGGCAAGCCGGAUGCCAGAUCGGCAAUGCCUGUUGGGAACUCUAUUGCUUGGAACAUGGUAUCCAACCUGAUGGCCAGAUGCCAUCUGACAAAACUUUAGGUGGCGGAGACGAUUCGUUCAACACCUUCUUUAGCGAGACUGGAGCAGGAAAGCACGUUCCUCGGGCAGUAUUUGUCGAUUUGGAACCAACAGUUGUAGAUGAAGUUCGCACGGGAACGUAUCGACAACUGUUUCACCCAGAACAGCUGAUCACUGGAAAAGAGGAUGCUGCUAACAAUUACGCCCGCGGGCACUAUACAAUUGGCAAAGAGAUUGUGGAUUUGGUUCUGGAUCGCAUUCGCAAACUGGCUGAUCAGUGCACUGGACUGCAAGGGUUCCUUAUCUUCCAUUCGUUUGGUGGUGGCACUGGUUCGGGUUUCACGUCCUUGCUGAUGGAGCGGCUUUCUGUCGACUAUGGCAAGAAGAGCAAAUUGGAGUUUGCCAUUUACCCUGCUCCCCAGGUAUCUACCGCUGUUGUGGAACCAUACAACUCUAUCCUCACUACUCACACCACUUUGGAGCACUCAGACUGCGCUUUCAUGGUCGAUAAUGAAGCAAUCUACGACAUCUGUCGCCGCAAUCUUGACAUUGAACGCCCGACAUACACUAACCUGAAUCGUUUAAUUGGGCAGAUUGUAUCUUCUAUUACAGCCUCUUUACGGUUUGACGGUGCCCUCAACGUAGAUCUGACCGAAUUCCAGACCAAUUUGGUCCCUUACCCUCGCAUUCAUUUCCCUUUGGUUACGUACGCUCCCGUCAUCUCUGCCGAGAAAGCGUACCACGAACAACUGUCUGUUGGGGAAAUCACUAAUGCAUGUUUCGAGCCUGCCAAUCAAAUGGUAAAAUGCGAUCCUCGACAUGGAAAGUACAUGGCUUGUUGCAUGCUGUACCGUGGCGAUGUAGUUCCGAAAGAUGUAAAUGCUGCUAUUGCUACUAUCAAGACGAAACGCACAAUUCAAUUCGUAGAUUGGUGUCCCACUGGUUUCAAGGUUGGCAUUAACUACCAACCUCCUACGGUUGUCCCUGGUGGAGAUCUGGCCAAAGUUCAGCGAGCAGUUUGCAUGUUGUCAAACACAACAGCUAUUGCUGAAGCUUGGGCUCGUUUGGAUCAUAAGUUUGAUCUGAUGUAUGCCAAGCGUGCUUUUGUUCAUUGGUAUGUAGGAGAAGGCAUGGAAGAAGGAGAAUUUUCUGAAGCUCGUGAAGAUCUGGCGGCCCUAGAGAAGGACUACGAAGAGGUUGGCAUGGAUUCGGUGGAAGGUGAAGGAGAAGGAGCCGAGGAAUAUUAAAAAUGUUCAAUUACACCCAUUUACUCUGAAUCUUGAAUGUUUAUAUCUCUCCUACAAUUGGUGUGAAUAAAUUUU